AUGGCUUCUGACCCCUAUGGCAGCCCCGAUGAUGGGCUGGAGUUGGAGCGAAUCGCCGUCGGUCCUUACUGCGUCUUUGACAACUUCAGACUGCACCCGAAGCCCGAGCCGACUGUUUCUGCCCCAACCUCCCAGGACCCAAGCCCGCCCACGACGACGACGUCGGCGGCCACCACCACCACCAUGGAGGAUCCCAUGCUCUCCACUGACUUUCCCUUUGGCACCAUGCGCGGUCCUUGGCUCACCACUGCCGCCGACGACAUGACGCUCACGGCCUCUGCCGACGACACGACCGACUGGAACGAGUGGAUGCACUACAACCCCGCCCAGCCGUCUCAGGACUCCCAGAGCGUGGACACCAAGCCCGUCAACCCACAGGGGCCCGCCGCAUACCCUAGGACCCGCCAGCAAACAUCACCCCAUAUCACCCACCUUCCUCAGUCACAGCCGCUACCACUGCCAUCCACCCUCACUCCCACCACCGCUCCCAUGUUUGCCCAAUCCCACGCCGUUCCUUUUACCUUUGGUCAGAGCGCUGACGUGCCGCUAUCGUUUGACUUUAAUGGCUCUGACCUCAGCUCGCCGCUGACAGGCGACAUGCAACAACAAAACGCAUACUACUCGGCCCAACAAUGGCAACAACAACAACAGCAGCAGCAACAAUCACAACAACAGCAAUUACCAGACAACAACCUCUUCUCGCCUUCGCAAUACCAACAGUCCAACUAUGCUGCACCACCGCCCCCUGACUCCACGCCGAGUCUGCACCACAGCCCAAACUCGCUGAACAACGGCCGAUCAAGUUCAACAUCAUCGCAUUCAUCACCAGAACCCGCCCCAUCAAACUCGAGAAAGCGCAAGUCAUCGGCCGAUUCUGAAGAGCCGGACGAUGAUGCGCCGUCGAGCAAAAAGGGCGGCGCGCCACCCAAGAAGACUGCACACAACAUGAUCGAGAAGCGAUAUCGGACAAACCUCAACGACAAGAUUGCUGCGCUCCGCGAUAGUGUCCCGAGUCUGCGUGUCAUGUCACGGCCAAAUGGCACCGAAGAGGACGACGACCCCGAGGAUCUCGAAGGACUCACUCCUGCACAUAAGCUCAACAAGGCCACCGUCCUAUCAAAAGCGACUGAGUAUAUUCGCCAUCUGGAGAAGCGCAACAAGCGUCUACAGGAUGAGCUGAAUACCAUGAAAGGUCGGGUGGAGAGUUAUGAGAAGAUGGCCAUAUCCGGCCCCAUAACAUUACACGGUCCAGGUGGCGUAUCUGAUAGGUAUCACGAUGACCCCUUCACGCCUACACAUGGUCUAUCCAUGUCUGGACCGCCCCAAGGCAUGAUUCCUGUCCCCGACAACAUUGCCGCUCUUCAACGCGGAUUGCCACCACAGCAACAUUACGCACACGCCUACCCUACAGGAUACGGCGGCCGUCCAGCCGUCGGCCCACCCAUGGUCAACGGACGACGCAGCAGUGCCAUGAUGGGUAAGCUCAUGGUCGGAUCUCUCGCCGGCCUGAUGAUACUCGAAGGACUCGUCGAGCGCGAACAGUCACGAGAAGAGCCAGAGGGCCGGGGCUUGUUCGCUCUACCCAACCUGGUCAGCAUUCUCGCUCCUCGCGUCUCUCUCGGUGCUUCGUCAGCCCAGAUUCCUCUGGCUAAGCUUCUCUUGGUAUUCGGUGCCUUCUUCUACCUCGUCGCUCCCUUACUCGACUUCAAGUCGAAGCCCAAGAAGAAGUCUCCAUCCAUUCUUUUGUCACCUGCACCGUCACUCGCUUCACCUGUCGAGGUACGCCGAAAGGCCUGGCUCACUGCCAUCCAGACAGUCUGGGUACCGCAACACAACUUUGUUCUUGAAAUCGCUGCACUCGGCUUGAAGACGCUGAAGCUCAGCAUGCGCAGAAUCAUCGGUUGGGAAGGCUACGCAUAUCUCACCGGAACCACCCGGGAACAAGAAGCUGCACGUCUCAAGGCUUGGGAGAUUGCUCUAGAUGCUCAACUCACCGGCGGCGACGCAGAGAUUAGCAAGAGCCGACUUCUCCUCACACUCAUCGCCUCUGGAACCCUUCCCGAUACUCCCGCGAGACUCAUGCUCAAGGCUUUGCAUAUCCGAAUUGUCCUCUGGGAGAUUGGCAACAUCGGACACAGCUCCCUGUGGACACUGAACGACUUGAGCGCGAAAUUGGCACGCAGCUACUGGAACAUGGCACGAAGCGAGCACCGCAUUGCUGCAAAUGCAUCCAAGAAGAACAGCGGUAUCGAGCCAUUGCCGGAUCAUCUUGCUGCGCUCAUUGAGAAGGAGUGUGACGAUGUCCUCGUUCCUGCAGUCGUACAGCGCGCAUACAACAUUGCCUGGAACAAGCCCAGCGCCGAGCAAACAACUGUGGAUACUUCCAUGGAUACUGUUGUAGAAGACUUUGCCAUCUGCUCGCCUUUGGAUGCGCUUGCCGCCUGGUACUCGAGCCUCGUAUUAAACAAAGGACUGGCCACGACACUUGCCACCAAGAACUGCACUCCAAAGGCCAACGUUGUCGCAGACCUUGAUCUUGCUUACCGAGCUGCACCUCCCAACUCGCAAGCUCAGCUUCGUGCCCUUGUUGCUCAAGCAGUCGUGCUUGACGAGGGUCGCAAUGAACGCAUUGCAGCAGCUCUCGAGGCCCUUCCAUCCACACCCAAGCCCGCCGAUUCCGGAUUCAUCAACAUUGUCGGCAACGGCUUUGUAGCACCCGACGUGCGCAAGGCUCUCACGCUCGCUAAAUGUAUUUCGCUAUCUACGUUUUCAACCCCCGAGGCACGUCGUCGCGCUGUUUUCGUCGUCAACAAUACCUACCUACCCGAGCCCACCACCACACUCCUUAGUUUUGUUGCAGCCCACAAGGUUCUCACACAGUUCAUGGCCGACGACGGUCUCAAGGCUGACACUAGCCGGGGCCUAGAAAGGAUUGCUAGUUCUCUCCGCAUGUGGAUUGGUCAUGAGACUGGCAAGAGGAGCGGUGUGUCGAACAAGGUCAGGGCAAAGAUUGUCAACAGCUGUCUUGACGCAAGCAAGAGUCUUGUUGGACUCGAGCAGAAGAAAGUGGAGCAGGAGGGGACGAAGAAGAAGAAGGAGGAGUCUGAUGUGGAUGAUGGAUAUGCGAGUGCUAGCGUCAAGGACGACUAG